AUUACGUAAAAGUGCAGCUGUCGAGUGGAGCUCGUGACUAUUUUUUUUCUGUAUUGUAUGUUAAUUCAAUCAAUUCGUCAGUUUAAGAUUUUUUGGAGUAAGAUACGUUGGGGUUGCUCAGGGCAUGUGAUAGUAGCAAUAGUAGCUUAAAAUUAUAUUUUUGCGAGUGGUAAUACAUCCAAAACUAUAGUCAUCUCCAAAGAAAUUAACAUGAAAUUUUUACUAUAUAGUGUUUUCACAGUUCUCAUUGCACACAGCACAUUUGCAGUCGUGGCAAUAAAUGCAACUUACGAUGUUCCUGAAAACAGUGCGGUCAUUUAUGCCCCAUACAAACAAAUUGUCCUUCAAUGUAAUUCUUCUGAAAAGGUCACCAUGGUGUGGAAAAAGGAUGAUCAGAUCGUAACUGACAUCAAUGGUCUCAAAGACAGAAUACGAACAACUGAAACAGAAACUGCAACGGGUAUUUCGUAUUGUCUACUUAUAAGUCACGGCGAUUAUUCUGAUGCUGGAAAUUACACCUGUAGUUCAAUGGAUAAUGGAGAGGAGCAAGCUUCCGCAAAGAUUAAUGUUGCUGCUAGGGUAGCCGUUAGAAUUAAAACCCAAAACAUUAAUGUGGUUGAAGAAGAAAAACUGCGUAUUGAAUGCCAAGCGUUGGGUAAUCCUGAUAUAGAAUGGUUUAUUCUGUCUAGCAAUUAUGAAAAUGAAACAUUUAAUGAAACCAGCGACAGAGUUACGAUUUCUAAUUACAAAGAUGAACACGGUCAGGAAUUUGUAAAUGGCCUUUUGAUUAUUGACAAGGUCAACAAGGAAGAUCGGGGUCAAUAUACUUGCAUUGGAUACAACAAAUUUUUAUUAAAAGAUACUACUAAUUCAACCUGUAUGGUUCGAGUUAAAGAUAAAUAUGCCGCCCUUUGGCCCUUCCUGGGAAUUUGUGCAGAAGUUAUUGUUUUGUGCGCCGUAAUUAUCAUUUAUGAAAAGAAACGCAACAAAACUGAGUUAGAGGAGAGUGACACAGAUCAAAGUCCUGACCAAAAGAAUACACCAGAUCAUGGCAAAGAGGCCAAUUUGCGACACCGACAGUAAACGUCAUAAAAAUUGAUUCACCAGAAUAAUGUUCCAGUCAUUUCAUUGUUGAAACGCUGAUUUUCCCUGAUUAGGUCCGUUUUAAUGUUUAUAAAUUUUUAAGGAGAUUUUCAGAUUGAUAUUCAUCUUUUUGGUAUUAUCAAUAUAAAUUAUAAUAAAUUGAAUUUCCAAAGUUGUAUGUACCAUUAGUAUUUGAUUGCGAUAUUAUAAAACAUAAAAUUGCGACUGUUACACUUAGAAUAAUCACAAUUAUUGAAACCUUCCAAUAUUUAUUCGCCAUUUUUUAUCAUAAGUUGUAAUUAUACCAAAAAAUGGCAAACAUAAAUAUAAUUAUUGUAUAUAGGCUAGACCAUUGGAAUAUAAUUUAGGUCAGAAGCAUCUUCUAUUCUAUUCUUUUGCACACUCUUUCAUAACCCAAAAAAAUGUAUGUAGUUUACUUUUCUCAGAAAAUUAAUUGUUAUGUUAAUAGCCUAAGAAAUAGUAGUCAUUUGUAUGUGAGCACAUUCUGAAAUAAAUCUUAUUGUAAAACAAUUUUUGAUUCAUAAUGGCCUUUUUAAGUUAUUUUAAGUGAUUUUUAUUUUGUUAUUUUUUUUUAUUUCACUAAGGGCAAAAUAUAUUGAUUGUAUGUCUUGUAUAUUAGAGAGUUUUGGUACAUUACAAAGCAUCAUGCAUGUUUAAACCAGCAGUGUUUACUUAAUAUAAAUAAAUAAAUGUUGAGUUGAA